AUGAAGUUCCAACCAUUGGAGAUCCCGCCUGGGACGCCCAGCUUCUUCCACGAUGCCGCCGGCCGCACUUGGGUGCCCCUAUACAGCCAUGCCUGCUCCUUUGGGCCGGACAUUUUUGCCGACAAGAUGAUGAAUCUCGUCAGGAACCCGAAUCUCAACUCGAGCUGGCUGUUUCGCGCCGACAUUCUGUACGACGAGGCCAAGGUGACUGCAGUGCUACGUCUACUGGUGAUACUACCACCAUCACCCCCAGCAGUAGUAAUCCGCGGCAUGACCCUUGAGCGCACCCUCGUCCGCAGGCUCAUCCCCAGGAACGAGCGGAGAGACAAGCCCCUGGACCAGACCUGCCUCUUCUACACGAGCUCGACUCCCUCAGAACCUGCCGUCGACUCGGCCGCAGCUGCGUCUAAAGGAUCUGCGUCUUCGGCACCAUCUCUUUCCACGCUCGUCAUAUAUAUGCCCCAUUCGCCCUCGGCAGACGCUCUCCCCUUUUACCACCCCAAAGUCCAAGGCAUCGCGCACCUCCACCAGUGGGAGCCGUCGGGCAAGGGCACUAUAUCCGUCCACUUCCUCCCGUACCCAGAGCACCCCGUGACCGACGCCAAGAUCCAGCGAACGGCGUACCAUCUCCUCGAGAUCAUCGACAAGCACGGCCACGGCGCGGCAGGGGGCUAUGUCAAGAGAGUCAAUCACGACCUGGUCAUCCCGCAGGACAGGUUCCAGAACAGAUACGCACUCCUCAAGAGCAAGUACGCCCGGCGGCUGGUCGACUCGUGGGCCGAGAAGACGGACCCGACCAAGCACGUCUUUGAGGACCUGGGCAUCGCCGCCUUUCUCAUCGAGCUCUGGAGCGACAUGUAUCCCGAGGGCAAGGGGACCGCGACGUUCCCGGGCUUCGUCGACAUUGGGUGCGGCAACGGACUUCUGGUUUACUUGCUGACGCAGGAGGGCUACGCCGGCUGGGGCUUCGACGCGAGAGAGCGCAAGUCGUGGGCGCAGUACAGGACGGGGGGCCAGCCCUCCCCGUCCGGCUCGUCGCUGGAGGAGCGGCUGCUGCUGCCCGCCAUGGUUUCGAGAGAGAAGGGCGCUGGGAGUGAUGCAUCCGACGACAUCAGCCGCAGCAGCAGCGGCCGCGGCGAUGAUGAUGGCGUCGUACACGAUGGAGCAUUUCCCCCGGGCACCUUCAUCGUCUCCAACCACGCCGACGAGUUGACCCCCUGGACGCCGAUCCUGGCCGCCCUCUCGCGGUGUCCCUUUAUCAUGAUCCCCUGCUGCAGCCACAGUCUCGUCGGCGACAAGUUCCGCGCACCCCCUCCCCGGGACAAGGCAAAGGCCAGGUCCACCUACGCCUCGCUCGUCGACUGGGUGUCCUGCAUCGCCGAGGACUGCGGCUGGAAGGUCGAGACCGAGAUGCUGCGGAUCCCCAGCACGAGGAACACUUGUCUGCUGGGGAGGACCCGCACCAGAGAGGUGCAGCUGGCGGAUGUCGAGGCUCUCGUUGCAAAGUACGGCGGGACGGGGGGUUACUACGACAAUGUUGCAAAGCUCAUCAAGUCAGGCCCGAGGGGCCACUGA